GGUAGUAACAUUUAUCGCCUCCAAAAUCACCAAACUACCAGUUACCAUAUUGUUCAUUCAUCCUCACUGCUUUAUACAGAUAGUCCAAGCAAAAAUUCAGAAAUACUUGUGUACGAAGGUCAUUUGAAGAACCGCAUUAAAAUAGUGAAGUUAUUAUCUCUGUCAUCAAGUAUGCUAGGCUUUGGCAUACUCCCCUUAAUAGUAAAUGAUUUAUGCAAGAUGAACAUAUUUGUAGGCUGUGCAACUGGUGUUGUGUCAUCAUUUUUUCUUUGUACUCCAUUCAUACUUCACUGGAUAACAAAGCGAUAUGUCAUAGAACUACACUUUGAUCCUGAAAGUAAAACGUUUACAGCCAAGACAUUUAAUAUUGUAAGCCAACUUCAAGAAUUUAAAUUUAAAGCAACUGAUGUUACAGUACCUGAACUGCCAGGUGUGUUAACUUCAUUUUGUGUUAACGAAGUACCAUUAUUUGUUGAUUCUAGAAUGGUGAAAGAACCUGAUGCUUAUUCUCACAUGAUGGGUUAUGACCAGCCUUUUGAUUUUGGACUUCAUAAUAAUGAGACGAAAGAAGAUGUUAAAUAGUAAUUUAGAUUGUGAUACGAUAAAUAAAAUAUAUUUGAAUUGAAUGUAGGUUUACAAAUUUAUCCAAAAACUUAAUUUUAAAACUAAAGGCAAUUAUUUCUUCUACUUGGAAUUUUAAUUUUCGCCAUUGUUUUUAUUAUUCCAAAAUCUGAUUGUUCUACUAUAAGAGAACAUUAAUAUAAAUGUAAAUAAAUUUUAGUAUCACAUCUUGCAGUAACAAAUGUAUUUUGGCUGUGAUAGCUUUAAGUUAACAAUAUAUUUUGGCUGAUACUAUGACAAAUAGUUUUAAAGUUACAAAGCAGAAUUUUUUAAUACAUUACUGAUAGAUUAGUGCUGCAGUCUUCUAGAUAAGAUAUUAAUUUUUAAUAUGACAUAUUUUGUCUUCAGAAAUGGAGAAACUGAAUAGGUAAGGUUAAAAAUCUUGAAAAAUGCUGUAUGUACUUUCAUUAUACCUUCAUGUAUAUAUUCACAAUUCAUUUUAUUAUAGAUGAUGCAUCAUUACUGCACUUCCUUCUUUUUUAUGUAUUGCAGAAAAUGUACAGUAUUUGUAUGCUCAUAGGUUGGUGCUAUUUAGGUUAUUUCUAUAUAUUCAUCUAUUGAAAAUAUGCUGUGAAGAAAAUAUUUCCCAAUCUGCUAUGCAAUUUGGGAAAUAUUUCCCAAUCUGCUAUGCAAUUUGGGAAAAGAAAAAAAAGUUUCACUUUACUGAAGUACAGUUUUCUAAAUUUCUAGAUACCUAUUUGUGUUCAGAAAAUUAAUAUUUAUAAGAUGCAGUUUUAUAAUCUAAUUAUUAAGAACUCUUUGGAUGAGGUUAAUACAUACUGUGUACGUGAAGUUUACGAGUGGUUUUAAUUUUUAGUAGAGUUUAUAGCUGAAUUACAUUUAAAUGAAUCACAAAAACUAAUUAAAUAAAAUCAUUUCUUCAUAUGGUA